GUUUUCUGGAAGUGGAAAAGUAUGUCUGAAGAGCUGAGGUUGGAAACGAACAAGACAUCUUGGAGUUCCCUGCACAGGAUUCCUGUUUCCAGACUCACUGUGUCUGGCUGUCCUCAGAGCACUGUUGCCCAUUGCAGUGAGCAGAAGGGAGCUCUGGUUGGGUGCUGCUCUGACCAUGCAGUGCCACUGGUGUCCCUACAGCUGCAUGGCAGACCACUGCAUCAGGCUUGCUCACAGCUGGGAGGAGGACAAGCUUCACCAGCAGCCUGAGCAGGAGUGAGGAGAAGGGAAGUUUUGUGCUCUUCACUUUGCAUAGACUCUGCUAACAGGUUAUUAACAUCCUGCAGCAAGUCAUCACUUCAGCCUAAGGGUUUGUGGAAGAAACAAACUCUACAUGAAAACUGAAUGUAAUUAAGUCUUACAUUGAGCACCCUGAUGAGUGAUACACAGGGAGAAGUAGAAGAUGGUGAAUUUCACAGAGAAUGCGACUGAGAAAUGCAAUAUUAAUCAUGAUAUCCACGAGGCAUUAUCCCCCGUGGUGUACAUAUUUGUGUUUAUAUUAGGCUUGCCAGCUAACUGCCUGUCACUGUACUAUGGGUAUUUACAGAUCAAAGCUAAAAAUGAAUUGGGUAUUUACCUUUGCAAUUUGACAAUAGCAGACCUGCUGUACAUAUUUUCUUUGCCUUUUUGGCUUCAGUAUGCUUUACAGCACGACAACUGGACCUACGACGAGCUGCUGUGCAAAGUCUGUGGCAUCAUCCUGUAUGAGAACAUCUACAUCAGCGUGGGCUUCCUGUGCUGCAUCUCCAUCGACCGCUACCUGGCCGUGGUGCACCCCUUUCGGUUCCAGCGCUUUCGGACCAUGAAGGCUGCUGCCAUUGUGAGCAUCAUCAUCUGGGCCAAAGAAAUUAUCACAUGCUGCCUUGUCUUCACACACGGGGAGAUCAGUAUGGAUGCUGAGAGCCACUUGGUGUGCUUUGAGCAUUACCCCAUCAAGAAAUGGGAGCACAACGUCAAUUACUAUCGCUUCUCUGCUGGCUUCCUUUUCCCCUUCUUUCUGCUGGUCUUCUCCUACUGUGGGAUUUUACGAGUUGUCCACAAGAGUCCUGGCACCCAAAAGAAGAAGAAAAUACAAAUUAAAAGACUGGUAUCAAGCACUGUUUUCAUAUUUUUAGUCUGCUUUGGACCAUACCACAUCCUACUUGUAGUUCGUAGCUUGUUGGAGAACAACUGCUCAUUUGCUGAGAAGAUAUUUAAUGUUUACCAUAUUUCUCUCCUGUUAACUACUUUCAACUGUGUUGCUGACCCAGUAUUGUACUGUUUUUCCAGUGAAAGCACUUACCAGAACUUUGUCAAGAUGAGAGACUCUUGUCUAACAUGCUUGGGCCAUCUGAGUACUGAGACGAAGGAAUCCUAUCCACUAAACACAACUGAAACUCCCAACAAACAGCAUGAACAACAACCAGGGUUAUUACAAAUACCACUUGAUGGUGCUGGAAUGAAGGACUGCUUCACAACUAAUGCAGACAGCCUAUAGCAUUAAUUAAAAUGACCAUAAUCCUACACCUGCAGCUACAGCCGUGUUUGUGUCUCUGUCUGAAUUUUUCAUGUAUUACAACAGUGUGACCUCCCAAAGGCUUAUGAGCAAUUCUGUGCACUGAAGCUGUUUCUAGAGGUCUUGGACGACUGGCAAUAGUGAGGAAAGUUUGUGCUAAGUCAGUUCAGUUAUAAUCACAUAUCUGUGCUGCCACUUCAGACCUGUUUGUCUUGAUGACUUCACUGACUGGAAUAAGCCAGUACUCACAGUGUGUAGUUCUGGUGAACUCAUCUUUAGCUGCUUUCUGUUUGCCCCUGUAGCAUCUAGAGAAAGUAAUUCUCUACAAGCUGUUUUCAUCUGUUGAAAAGGUCAGAGACAAAAAAAAAAUAAUAUUCCCAUAUAUACUUAAAAAAAAAAAGCGCCCAACAAACACUUCUGCAAUAUCUGUGUAACUCUCUGAAAUAACUUCUCCUUCUGCAAGUUUCAAAGCCUGCAGAGACCACACCAGAACCAGAUUCCUAAAACAAUCAGUCUGAUAGUGCGGGACAUUACAGGAGAACAUGCACAAGGAACUCAGCACCUGCUGAGACCUUCAGGCUGCUAUUUCACUGUUGAGCCUCAGACUGUUAGACCUCAUGGUAAGGCUCCUAGAGACUUCUGGAAGUAGGAGACUGGGCUCCAGUGGGUGUCAAUAGCUUGGUUUGUUGACUCCAAAGAGAACAAGAGGUUGGCAGUAAGUGAGGCACUUUGAUCCCAUGUGCUUCUCUGAGUCCCUAUGUUCAAGAACGUGUAUUUACAUCUAAAUUUUACUACCCCUUGCUAAGGUUUUGAUUGUGUCCUUUGCAAUUUGUGUAUCUUGUGCUGCACAGACCAUGCAGGCAAUUAAAUAACAAUGCAUUUGUCAGGGAAACUGUUGAAUAAAUUCUGUUUAAACUGCAUUUUUGCCCACAGAUAAUACAGUUUAGGGUUUGGUCAUUGUUCAGUAAAUACAGUAGCAAAAAUAUGAUGUAUGAAUGAUGUGUGUCCUGGUUUAGACAGAAACAAAAUAUAGAAGUGGAGAAUAAUGGCUUUUAAAUACCUGGGAGUUGUGCUCCACAGUAUUGUCUCUAGCACCAUCUCCUCUCUAGGUUUCUUAGGGUUUUUUGUUGUGCUAAUGAAUCCUGUGUGAUUCUUCUUUGCAAUCUGCUUAUCACACCUCCUUUUACCUGGAGCUGUUACACCGUGAAUAUUGCCUUGUCCUUUCAAUUCUCUGGUGUUUCCUUGAAACUCCUCUCUGCAACCCAGAGCUGAUAACUUACAGCAGUACAAUCAGUUUUGUUUCUUUGGUUUGCUUUUGAGUCAAAAGAUUGUCUAGACAGAUGGUCUACUCCUGCUGUCUGAAUAUGUCAUUGUAACACAGCCUGGCUUGUCAUCAGAUUCCAAAAGGAAUAUAUUCUAACAGUUUUCCGGAAACCACCUUGAGAGUGCAAUACUGGAUAUAGUUAGUGGAUGUGUUUAAUAAAGAAUGUUUUUAUAAUUUGCUUUUUAUAUUUUUUCACACCAUGUUUGAAAUAACUAUCUUUAGUUUUGGCACACAGUUUCUAUUUGGGAGACUACAGAUCCUCUCCUCCCUCCUUUUGCAGAAAUGAUUCGUGUCCCCAGUCCCAUGAGAGGAUUACGUUUGCUUAGGUUAACAUUUGGUUUGUUUAAUUAUUUUACAUUUCUUUAUACUUUGACCACUCAGCUGGAUUAAUUACCUUACAUCUGCAUUUUUUUCUCCUGACUCUUAGCACUGUUUAGCUUUAUUUUCUCCUAAUCUUUCAACUCAUCUGCAGUGUAUUCCAAGGGGGUUGUAAGGCAGGGACUCCCUCCCUGGAGUGCUGAGCUUGUACAUUGUUAAGCACCAACCCCUGGGACCCCCAGGAUCUGUCAGGCUGCAAGACACACAUGGUUUGUUCUAGGAUUAAAUAUUUGUUGUUGUGUUUAUGUGUUGCUUCUUUAUAGUUCCCCACGCUGUUUAAAUUAGACAACUGGAAUGCAGAGCAUGCUGUACUACAUGGAAUUGUCAUCUGAGGGAUUAAGGCUCAUUGGAGUUGGAACUUUGAUGUGGUCAGCUUUGGUCAGCUGCUGCAGUUCAAAAUCAGAUGGAAACUUGUGUAACACAGUGCAGCAUUCUGCUCCAGUUCCCAGCACUUAACCUGCUAACCCAGAACAGAAAGGAGGGAUUUUCUUCUUCUUUUCCCCCUUUUUUUUUUUCUUGAGGCCAAUAUUUUAUCAAUCCUUUCUGUAUUGUGACUGGUUGGCUUAGGCUGCAAACUGUAACCAAUACAGCAGGAAGGUAAGUCCCACUCAGAGCUUUUCCUUCCAUCUCAGUCAAAACACAUUCACCCAAGGGGCUUGCUAAGGUCUCAAGCAUGUCUUGCUAGAGACAUGCUGCACAUGCUGUUGAAGUAAAUGCCAUGCUUGGGACUGCACACAAGAAGGCAUUUUAAAAGCACAAACCUGAGUAAAAGAGAAAUAAAUGAUUAUAUUUUGUAUUCUUUAAUGAAAACUGAUUGUUAAGACUUGUAUUUUAGGGCGAAAAAAGAGUAAAAGCUUACUAAAUGAAAUUUUCUAACAAAAGUUAGUGCUUGGAAGUAUACAUUGCACCUGUUAGUGUAACAUGUCAGUAGCACAGAGAGAAUAAAAUCAGUUGCUUUUAAAAUGAUGCCAAUUUCAUUCUGUGAGUUCUGUGCAGCAGUGAACAUAUGCCAUCCUGCAGGGUUACUGGCUUUGGAAAAAAAGUUCAAUAAUUCAUAUGAAGUAUUUUACUUAAUAAUUAUAGUUUGGAGAGUUUGGAGACUUCUAAAGGAGAUAUUUCUAACUGUUUUACUUCCAAGAUACUUUUCUAAAAGUAUCUAAAAAAAAGACUGAUCUAUCUAGAAAAUAAAGAUUGGAAUCUUUGAUGAACCUAAAUGUCUAGCAGAAGUCUGGCAUUAAGAUUUUUUUCUGUCAUGUGUUCGACUAUUUUAUAUCUUUAAAGGCUCUGUAUCCUCAGGGAC